AUGCGCAGUGUACAGACGGUGAAGUGUCCGUCUGUUGUCAUUCAAGCUGCGGGGAUUCGGUCGAGCACCUUGCAGCGCCGUAUCCAAGCAACGCUAAUUAGUGGAAAACUGCACACCCGAACUGGUAUCCGACGAAUUGCGGCCAGAGGAGAAAGAGAGAUGAGGUGUUUUAAGUGACGAAACAGUUAAAGCCAUUAUUGAAUAACCAGUUUAGGUCAUGGCUGUGGUGACUUUGGAAUCGUUUUUCCUACACCUGUUAGACAAGGUCGAACACGUUCGAAAUCAGGUAAAUCGUAAGAAAUCCAUGAAAGAUGAAGUACGAACAUUAGAAUUCUGGCGAGGCAUCAUUGCCGAGUGCCUUGCGUCGUUUUUCUACGUUUUUAUUUUGUGUGGCUCGCACGUGGUCUGGUCCGAACGGAAACCGGGCGUUUUAGAAAAAGCUAUAAGCAGUGGUAUGACUAUGGCCACCCUAUCUCAGUGUUUCGGACACAUAUCUGGUGCACACGUGAACCCGGCGGUCACCUUUGCAACAUUCGUAACACAGAAAAUAACGCCUCUCAGGGCGUUAUUAUAUAUAACAGCACAAUGUGGUGGAGCCAUCGCUGGAGCUGCUUUACUAUACGGUGUAACAGUUCCAGGACAUCAGGGAGCACUGGGGAGCAGCGUAGUUUAUUCGUCAUUGGGUCCAUGGCAAGCGUUUGGGGUCGAGUUCGUUCUGACGUUCGUUGUCGUCUUCACAGUAUUCGCCACUCUAGACCCCAAUAGGAAAUCUCUAGGCAGCGAUUCUCUAGCUAUUGGUAUAGCCUAUCUGGCUUGUUCCAUCACAGGGAUGCCAGCGAGUGGCGCAUCCAUGAAUCCUGCACGUUCGUUAGGGCCUGCAUUUGUGAUGAACCAUUGGAAUCACCACUGGGUCUAUUGGUUUGGACCUCUAACCGGAGGACCAUUAGCUGGCCUCAUCUACGAGUACAUCUUCGACACAAAGAAAACUGCCAAAACUCUGAAAGAAGCUCUGGAUGAGAUUGACAGAGAAUCCAACACAGACGACGAUUACGAAGAUCCCGAAGCGAAAAUCAACAAGUACAGCAACGCAAGUCAAGCACAAAGUGCCAGCAAUUAUAGCCGCCAACAUUACGAUAACUAUCGACCAGCAGUCAACACUUACUCCCCUACACCAUCAUCUAAUUAUCCAGCAUCUUCAGAAUCCGUCUAUGGAUCCCAUGGUGUUUCUUCUUCCAACUAUGCCAGCGGCGUCUAUGGUAGUAGAUACGCCACUACCAUGAGAACAGUUCCGAGCAGAAUGGAAUAUGGACCAGGAUCUACCAAAUUCUAAGCAAACAAUAAUAAUAAUAAUAAAUCAAAGAUGACGUCUCGACGUCAGCAGACAAUCCCUUUGUAAAAAAAGUGUUAUAUUAAUUGAGUUUUUUUAAGAAACAUAAAGAAAUCAAGGCACAUUUCAUCGCGAUGACUUUUUUUCCUUAUUUUUUUUUUUUAGUUCAGCACCAGCUAGUCAAAGUUGACACUAGCAUCUCUACAAAGAUAGAGGUGUUUGCUCUUGGUUUACGACAUUUUAUUUACAUCCAUAUUCUCGAAACAAUUCAUGUCGAUUGUUAGAAUUAUUUUAUUAUUAUUUUUUUUUUGGAAAAUGUAUCGCUGCUAAAAAUAAAUCCGUCAAUAAAAUCGAUUUGUCGGAUGGA